CCGGUGUGUGUUAGACGCUAGCCACAUGCAGCCUACGCGGGCCGAAAACAACGCGGGCGAUCAAGGUCGAAGGAGGAGAAGUCGACCUCUGAACUUUUUAUCAGGAGUCAGGAUGGUGACGUCGUGCGAGCGUCGCGCGGUCGCGUGCGUUCUCCUUGCGGUGACCGCCGUCGUGGCCGCAGCGUCGUACGACCGGGAGAGACUUGAGAUUGCCAAGCAGAUCCUGGAGGAGGUGCCCCUUACUGAUGGGCACAACGACUUGCCGUGGAACAUCCGCAAAUUCUUGAGGAACCAGAUCAACGAAUUCGAGCUCGACACCGAUUUGACCAUCGUGGAACCCUGGUCAAUCUCCAAGUACUCGCAUACCGAUCUCCCGCGGCUCAGGGAAGGCAUGGUGGGCGCCCAGUUCUGGUCAGCCUUCGUGCCGUGCGCUACCCAGAACAAGGAUGCUGUACAGCUGACCCUGGAACAGAUUGACGUCAUCCGCCGCCUGGUGGACAAGUACCCUCAUCAUUUGCAGCUCGCGACCUCAGUUACAGACAUCCUGCAAGCUCACAGCGCUCGUCCGCGUAAGAUCGCCUCCCUGAUCGGCAUCGAAGGUGGCCACUCCAUCGCCAACUCCCUUGGAGUCCUCCGCAGCUACUACCAACUCGGAGUGAGGUACAUGACCCUCACGCACACCUGCAAUACACCAUGGGCUGAUUCAUCCAACGAACCUCCAGCCGCAAACGGACUCACCGAAUUCGGAGAGAAAGUGAUCAAGGAGAUGAACCGGCUGGGCAUGCUGGUAGACCUGUCCCACGUGGGAGAGAACAGCACCCGAGCUGCCAUCAGGGUGUCACGGGCUCCGGUCAUCUUCAGCCACUCGUCGGUCUACAGCCUCUGCGCCCACAAGCGCAAUGUACCUGAUGACAUCAUACAAUCUCUGAAGGAGAAUGGUGGCAUCAUCAUGAUCAACUUCUUCCCGGACUUCGUCAAGUGUGCUCCAAACGCGACUCUUUCUGAUGUGGCUGAACAUUUCCACUAUGUGAAGCGGAUGAUUGGCGCUGACUAUGUCGGCAUUGGCGGCGACUUCGACGGCGUGAACAGGGUGCCUCGUGGACUGGAAGACGUGUCUCGCUACCCGGAGCUGUUCGCCGAACUGCUGCGAAGCGGUCAGUGGAGCGUACAAGAGCUGAAGAACCUGGCUGGACUUAACAUGCUGCGGGUGAUGCGUCAGGUGGAAAAGGUCCGCGACGAGAUGCGCACCAACGGCGUGGAGCCCGAGGAGCACCCCGACUCGCCCAGCGACAACGGGAACUGCACCAGCAACGCUUUCUACACUGAAUAUGUUUAAACACAUGCGCUUACGCAUGUCUGCCAAAAACAGAAGUACGUGGAAUGAAUUUUAUGUAUUAUGGUGCGAGCGUCAUCAACAAUGAUGCAGAGGUAUUUCAGCUCUGAAUAAUAUUUAGCAACCAUUUUUACACCCUGAAAGCGAAAUGCCGGCAGCUAACAGGCUAGAGCAAUUAGGACCGUGCGCAAAUUAAUCACAACGGCACCUGUCGUUUUUAAACAAAACAAAUGACAUUCAAUCGUUAUCCUCGCACCAGGCAGGUAUUCCAUCACCGAUCGACCAUCAAUAUAAAAGUUGGGCGGCUAUUCCGUUUCUAUUUGACAUCCGAGAGGUUAAUAACCUUCGAUUGGAAAAUGUGGGUAUGAGCAAUACGUCAUUCCAACGCCCGCUCUGAAUUUGGCAGAUAUGUGAAAAGUGUUCACGUAACAAUAACAGUCCGACAGUUUAAUUCCAAUUGAUGUAUGUUAAAACAAGAUUAACGUAUACAAUCUAUGUUAGCCCCAAUCGAUGAGCCUCGCUGGGUAGACGUACACGUGCGGUGGGACUUAUAGUUCCUAUGUGGGAAUCAGAAAAGUAUACAAAGUCCAGUAUUAAUUAACGUAAUACUGAUUACCUACUAACAAUAUAACUGAACAUAACGAGUACAAUGCCUGAUAUUCGCGUGGUGUAAAAUCAGAAGCGUUGUUAACUCGAACACGUCGUUAUUUUAAUACUGGAUUGUGAAUAAACGAAAGAAAGCGAAGCGAGCAAAAAUAAAAGCUAUCGCAUUUUGAAGUUUAUUAUUCUGCAUUCCCUUUUCGGGUAUUCUACAAUAAUUUAUUAAAAACAUUUCCAUUAAUGUGGAUUUUUAUUUCUAUUUUCACCUUCAGAUAAUGUUCUAAAUGUUAUUUUUCAUUCGUUCAAGACUUUAUUUGUAUAAUGUAAUCGCGUUAAGGUGAGUAUAGAUUAGAGCAUUUCUGUAUAAUGUAACGUUCUUACGAAUGAUACAACACAGGUAAAAAAUACCUACGAUAUCAUAGCGACUCGGUUGUUCUAUUACAAGUGUAUAUGCUCUAGUCUAUACUCAUCUUUAUAUAACAUUAUUUAAAUCUUUGUCGAAAUGCGAUAGCUUCACUCCCAUUACAUAAUCAAUAUUAUGAGCAGGGUUUCAUUCAGGGCAUUAGCUUGAGCCCUGGUGCGGCCCUCUCUUUAGGUGGAUAUUGUAAUCAUCAGUGUUGUAAGUAGAAUGAUAGAUGUACACUGUGGACUAAGCACUCUUCCUUCACUCACUGUUGUCUUUUGGGGUCACAUAUCAACUCUCUACUACUGAUAUCCUGUGUAAAUGGCAAAUUUCCGAGACGAUAGGCAACUACGAAGAAAAUAGGCCACCACAUUUUCCCAACUAUUUCAGGGGCCUACUUAUGAAUGAAAGAUUUUUUAACAAUAUCAACAUCGUCAUAGAGAAGUAUGUCGAGUAGCUAGAACAAAAUAUAAUUAAUGAAAAGAAUGAAAUGUGAAACUAACAAAAUUAAUUAAAAUUGGAAAGGCUUUAACGGGAAGCCUAUAAGAGAGAAAACGGUAAAAGAACAAAAAUAUUUUUUUUUACAAAAUUGUGAUUAAAAAAUAAAUUAAAAGUUCGGAUUAGGGAUGUACUCGUAGGUAGAAUAUAAAAUUUAACAAUGUUAAAAUGUUAUCGGUUGAAUUCGAAUAAGGGUUUUUGACAAUGCCACUUUUACGAUUCGGUUGUAGGGAUUUGAGUAACAAGAAAAAUUUAAUAUAAAAAGGAAUUGAAGCCAUUUUGGACGCACAGGAUUUGUUCGUUUCUUUACUUAACUAUUAUACAAUUAAUAUUGGAUGUAUGGAUGUAGUUUCAAUUAGUUAAUGUAGUAAAUAUAUCUUCCUCAAUACUUCGUGUGAAGUUUUUACUUUUCAAGUAAACUAAAAAUAUAGACUAUAAUUAUUUACUUUGUAAUCAUGAUCUUCAUAUUAUUACUAAUAUUUAUACCUAUUAUUAAGUUUUUCAAUAUUAUUAAAAAUCUUAUAUUACCUUUCAUUUAUUUAGUUAAUACGACAAUAACACCCUUCACAAUGUACGAGAUUUCAUCUCGAAGAACAUCUGAAAACAUUGCUAACAUUAAAUUAAAACUAAAGUGUAAUGAUAUUUGGAAAUGAGAAACCUAUUUCUUAUAAAUUACGACUGAACAAUUUUUUGAACCUUUAUUGUCUAGCAUAAACUAAGUAUUUUGUCUGAAAUCUGGCUGUUAUUUUGUGAUUCGUUUUAAACAAUAUUUAACUAUGUAGAGAAGAUAUGACGUAAUCACUGUACUUCCUAACACAAGCGUACAUAACAGUAUUUAUACAAUCUACGUUCUUAGUUACCAAGUUUUUUCUGCGAGUUGAAAGCGUACCAACAACGUGGCUAACCUUUGGUAGCACGCACCACGAUCGGACCUACACAGCAAAGAAUAUAUUUAUUGGUGACGAAUAUUACACCGUGAUAAUUAAAUACUACGGCUGAAAUUGCAAUGAUAAUGGUGUGACUAUAAGAAUUGCAGCUUCGUAUUAUUACAACAUUAAAGUUUUCAACAUCUAAAUAUCCUCACCUAAAGAUGUCUCGCUGUAGCUUUCCGAUUGUGUGCACUCCCUAAGCGACAUCAGACAGACUCUGUCCACCGUCAACUCAACAAAAGCUUUCAAGCGUUAUAAAAACCUCGCGCUAUUAGUUAAAACAAUAAAUCUACAACACCCACGACUUUACAACACUGAAAACCAGUUUCGAACUGAGAACAAACCGCAAGUUUGCGGCGUAGCCCUACUGAAAUACGCGCCACCUACUCAAACGGAACCGCGUCUUUGUUCCUGGCUUCCAACUCGCAGUUCUAACAUUUUGGAAACAAUAAACAGUUUCAAAAACUGGGACGUAGACACAUUGUUAUACAAGGUAACCGAGCACCACAGCACAUUGUAAAUGGUUACAGUAGAGCCGUCUCAUACAGGCCGCUGCUUAGUUUUGACGUGGUCAUGUUUCAAUACAAUUCACAUCUAGCUGGAAGUUGUAUUUUGUAGCAACUUCAUAGCGUUGACAAUCCGACGGUAUCGUUUGUCUAAACUUAGUGCUGCAGCGCCACUUAAGAUGUCCAAAAUUGCAAUCAUAUCAACUACGAGUAAAAUGAGAUAAUGACAACUUUUAGGUGGUUGGAAAAUCCAACGACUAGAAUGCCGAAGAUAGUUAACCAUGUAAGCGGGCCAUAAGAAGCGGUUCUAUUGUACCUCCCUAUUUUGUGACUACAGCGUAUUAACGAGCUUCAUAAUGUAUUUUAGGCGUGCGCUUGUGACCUGUGAGUUGAGUGGUCCGCAGCUAACCUUAUAAUUUCAAGCCGACACGGCUCUUCGUGCUCUUAUCAACUAUCCUACAGUAUCACAAUUUCUUCACAGCCACGGACCACUCGACGCCUUUCUGAACUGUUUUACAUUUAACACGACUUAAUAAAACAAAUUAACACAAUUGCUGUAUACUUA